AUUUCCCUCAGCCGAGCCUCUUGUAUUUAGUUUCCAAAGGUUGAAAAUAAGACAGGCUUUUUAGGGAAGGAGAUGUGUUCGUGAAUCGGGGGUUUUUAAGAUUAUUUUCCAGAGCAUUUGCGCUCAAUCUUUUAAUAUGUUAAUCAAAUGGACUACCUCUCCGCAGGUGAAAUGUGGUAUUUAAAACUCAGGUAGUCUGUCUACCUGCAUCAUCUAGACGCCAUUUUUUGCCAUUGUUGUUUAUAUUAUUGAAUGAAAAUACGCUGCACAUAUGUGAUUUUUAAUCAAUAAAGGUGGAUUAAAAAGAACUGCACACACCCAAUCGCCAGGUAUCUAUCAAGAAGCAGAUGUGACAGUUGAACCCUUGCCUCGCCUUUGGGAUUAUACCUCCUAUUUAGUGAUGGAGCCACACGGAGAAUUCGUACUUCAGUAUCUUGGAAGUGAAGUUCUCGCCAAAGCUACAUCGUCCGGUCUAGGAACCAUUCAGAAACCUUUACGUGAUCGUUAUUUUGAGUUUAAAAAGCAUUCAGGAAAGAAGCACAAGUCCAAAGACCUGCGUGAAGUAGCGCUCCAUGUUAAUGAUAGGGGCGUAGCCGUUAUUGUAGCGGGGACUCCCCCAGGGAGUGAACUGUAUUACGACAUGCAGUCAAUCUCGUUCUACGAAGCUGUGCGAUUCACGACCGUGAAAACUCACGAUAAAAAGUAUCAGGGUGGCUUUGUCCCUAUAGAUAUCAAUCGUGCUCCUAAUACAGGUUCGGAAAAGCUGUUUACACCAUUAGACAAAAAACACAGCAAUUUAGCUAAGGUGGAGCACCCUCCUCUUUUGGCGCUUGUUAUGAGAAAAAAUACUGGUGUGCGAGCUCUGGAGUGCCAUGGGUUUGUGUGUGAUAACGAAAAUCAAGCACUGGAUAUUGUCUCGUUGAUAGCAAUGUUACAAUCUCCGAGAAUGGAUUCGGGGCGCCACGAGUUCAUGAGACCCCCCUCUGAUCCAAACUUUGAAAGAGAACCUCCAUCACGGCGUCCUGAUCUUCUACAACCAGCAGAAGACCAGCGGCUAUUGCAUUUAACAGACGAGCACCUUCGUGGCCCUCGACCCGGAGAGUGGAGGGACUACAGAUCGGAAUUAGAGGGACCGGACAGAUACCCGAGAGAUCCUUACGGUCCACCGGGACCACGGGAGGAAUAUUCGCAAAACUUAUCGUCAUCUGGAAGAUUUGACAGCAGGUUUCCUCCUCAAAGUUACGAGGAAAAUAUACGAUACAGACACGAGAGAGAACAUUCCAGUGAAUAUCAACGACAACCUCCAGGCGAAUUUCACCAUGUACGACAGUCUUCUAACGAAAUACGGCAUGACCGCCCGCCAUCAGACUAUCGCUAUGAAAGACAACCUUCCAUGGAGUACAGACAUGAGCGCCAACCAUCUAGUGAACUCCAACAUGAACGAAAAGUUUCUUCAGAAUUCAGACAUGAACGGAAUCCGUCAUCUGAAUUUAGACACGAACGACAACUGUCGUCAGAAUAUCGCCAUGAACGUCAAGGAUCUGGAGACUUUCCAAGAGGAGAAAGGUAUUCCAGGGAUAGCUACGACUCGGGAGAAAGACGCGGGCGUCUAGAAACGAGAAAUGAUGAUUACAAGAUUCCACGAGUCAUGUCACCCGGGCGCGUGCCCCCGGCUACAGCACCAAAGCCAUCACGUGCACUGUCGCCUGGUCCCAGAUCACCAAUGGAGGAUCGUUAUUUAGGAAACGAGCCGCCAAUCAAACGAGGUCUUCCUCGUACCCCGACAACUGUCGAUGAACCACAUUUUCCUUCACCAACACGUGACCGCCCUCCUUCGUUCAAAGGACCGGAAUACUCUGCAUCUAGUUUGGAGAGUAGACAGGAAAUGGAAAAUCAAAAAUCCAAACCUGUUGCUCGAGUACCUCCUCAUCUGGUCGCCGGGGUCAAAGUGCUUCCAACAGGAUUCAUGGCAGCUUUACAAAAGAAACAAGAGGAAAACAAGUCUCCACGGAGUCCCAAACAAGAGCGUUACGCUGAGGAGGACCCGUAUGAUAAUGCAAUGAGUAGAAAAGAGUUUUAUGAGCGAGAAUCAAAAUAUGAUAGAGACUACAACCCCAAUGCUCCCCCUGACCUUGUUCCCAGGGGUGACUACGACGACUAUGAUCAUGUGAUACGCAGAGACCAGGGUAGCUACUACCAACCAGGGCCCGGGAAUUACAGGCAUAGCGCCCCUCCGGAGGGUCUGGACAAACCUCAAAAACCCUGGUCUUACGACGAGCAAUUCCAAAAAUACGCACAAGAUAAAAAUCAAAAUAGAUCAAGUGAACCACAUGGUGGGGAAUACAGACAAGGAGAGAUGGCGGACAUGUUCUCCAAAAUGAACGUGCAAAACCCAAAUAAGCGACCCGAGGUGCUGGACACCGCCGGGACAAAUUUUGAGCAAUCGCUCGGAUAUUUUCCAUAGUGCUUAAAAAAUUAACAUAUCAAUUAUUGUAUUGAAUGUAUAGCGACUUUUAAAAUAUUAUCAGUGUAAAAAAAUGGAUGUAAAUUUCCAAAGUGCAUUUUCCGUAUAGCCAAAAAUUCACAGUUAAUCUGUAUUAAUUACCUUUUUUAUAAAC